AUGAAGCGACGGAAGCUGUUGGUCUGCUGGGCGGCGCUACAAGCUGCAAGCAGCAUGUUGACCUGCCUGUUGCUCUUGCUGACGCAGCAUGAGGCAUCCGCGGGAAUAGUGCCGCCACCUUGGAGCGAUCCGGCAAAGAAUCCCUGCGCCAGCAUGGCUGGUGGAUGGCAACUACUCUACUGGACGCCACUCAAGAAGUGCUUUAAGAUCUUCACACUUGGCUACCCAUGCCCCGACACCAUGGAGCUGAGUCCAACACCAGUAAGUGCCAAACGCAAGGAUGUUCCCACUGCCGAGUGCCGUUGUCCGCCGGGCACAGCUCUCAGCGCUUUGACCGACGCAUGUCAUACCCUGUACGAGCGGGGUCCGUGCCCACGCGGAGAGUACUUCCAGCCCAUUCCGGAGCAGGCCAAGAGGGCUGACAACCGUUGGGGAAGCUGUAAGCGGCCUCUGCAGUGUGACGAUGGAAUGCUCUUUUGGCCAAAAGACGGCAAGUGCUAUCCGAAUCACUCCAAGGGUCCUUGCAUUCCGGGAAAGCUUCUAAUGCAUAACGAGGAUGGCCUGGCCGAGUGUCGCUGCGACUCUGUGGGGGAACUGGGUCCCUAUUACUACACAGUGGAGGACUCCUGUUACGAGCAUUACACAAAGGGACCCUGCUCGACCCCGGGUCACAUAUUCCUGCCCGGAGGACGCUGCGACUGCCAGCGACAUCUGCCCCACUAUCACGCCCCACAACAAAUGUGCUUUGAGCUGGACACACCAGGUCCUUGUCCACCUGGCCACAUCUUUCGCAUACCCGACGAUACCGACCCCAUGUCGAGUCACGAGCCAAAUACGUUUCAGUUCCUGCCACACGCCCAGUGCCUGUGCAAGGAGGGAUAUGUGCCCUGGACUGAUGGUCUGUGUUAUCGCCUCUACACACGUGGACCAUGUGCAGCCAAUGAAUUUCUGGUGAAUGGUACCUCGUGUGUACGAAACUUCUGCGGCAAGAAUCGUCUGUACUUCCCCACCGAAGACUCCUGCUACAGAAUUGGAUCACAGGGCCCCUGCUCUCUACACCAGGUGGUCGUGUUUGACUUCACAGCCAGACCGUCGCUGGAUGGGAUCUCUUACAAUGGCAUGUGCGGCUGCUCGGGCGUCAUUACCAAUCUGGACCAACAGUGCUCUGCCAGCAACGAGCAGGAGAAGAGCAUCUGCGAGGCAACGCCUGGCAUGGUCGAGAUGAAUGGCCAAUGCCAUAAACUAUACACGCGUGGACCUUGCGGUGCCGGCCAGUGGCUGGAGCCGCUCAAAACGCAACCAAACAAUGGUACAUUGCUCCUGGGAUAUGCCAGCAGAGCCAAAUGUGUCUGCCGGCCGGGUUACACGCCGGCCGAGACAGAUCACGGCGGCACGCACAAUUGCAGUGCACCCAGCGUUAGCCUGGCGAGGUGGUUCUUAGAUAUAUUUGGCUAACGUUCGCAGCCAAUGCUUGGCUCUAAGAGGUGCCACGAAUGAGAGAUUGUGCCAUGAAUGUAUUACACCAGCUAAUGUAUAAAUUUUUAAGUCAACUGUAGAUAAUAUGAAUAAAGGCUUAUAUAUGUGAAUACUUUAA